UCUUAUCUCAUUUCUUUUUUCCACCGCCUCCUCUUCUCCAACUACUAGCAGCACUUCCUCUUCUUCCUUAUGCACCACCACCAAAUCGACGAUAAUAUCCUGAUCCUCCGUCUCCUUUUUCCCUAUCACCAACAACAACACCUCCUCCUUUUACUCAACGAAUAUAAAAUACAGAUUGAGUAUGCGAAUUAGGAAAAAAAAGGAAUUGAUCAUCGAGGAGGACGCAUUGUUGAAAGGAUUGAAGAAUGAACAGGUUACGUCGUCUUUUGCAUUGUCAUCUGAAGUGACAGUGUGAAACUCUUUUGGAUUCGAGAUAGUGAUGAUAUUUGGUCUUGUAUACACUGUAUAUGCAACAACAAUUGAUCCAAAGGAGGGAAGUCUGGGAACAAUUGCACCACUUUCCAUUGGUUUCAUUGUUGGAGCCAACAUUUUGGCCCGUGGAUCUUUCGAUGGAGCAUUCAUGAACCCAGCUGUCUCUUUUGGUCCUGCCAUUGUCAAUUGGACUUGGACUAACCACUGGGUUUAUGAUGAAAAUUAAACUUGGGGAAAAGAGAUUUGAUAUUUAUAUGAUGAUUCAUGUUGUUGUUGUUGUUGUUACAGAUGAUGAUGAGGAAGGAGCAAUUUGCAACUAAAAGGGUAGGUUGAUUUGUUUUAUUUGUAGUCAUGCUUUGAAAAUUGUUGAAAUUGAUGUAUAAAAUCUUCUGCAUUGCAGGCUGCACCACCUAAUUCUGAUACUUUUGAUGUUUACGAAAGAUUGUUCACCCGCUCCAUGUCGUUUCCUGUUAUUUUUAGUUUACAGAACUUUCAUUUUGCUUUAUAGUACCUUGUUGGAAUUCUCCUUGCGUACAUAAAGAUAAAUCCAAGUGUGUCGGACCUGCUAGGGAUUGGAGAGUGCCGCUCUAGUUUGACCAACUUUCAUCGAUUAUGAAACACUGAAGAGUACAUUUAGGAUGAAACCAAUUUUGGUUUCAUCUAAUUUUGUCUUAUAUUUUUUAACACUUGACCCAUAUAUUUUAUAAAAUAAACCACCUGAGAUGAAAAAAGCUUCAACUACCUGUAUUAUACUCCUACUCGCAUAUAACAUUUAGACAAAUACUCCUACUCUAAUGUUUCUUGUACUAGCAUUUAGCAAAAUACGUAGGCAACAUCUACACUUUUGGCACAUCAGCGUCAUACUAGUGCCUCACAAGCGACUUUCUAGGUUGUAUUCAUUUUGUAUAAGUUCAUUUUAGUAACUUUGUGGUGUUUGAGAAUUUUGUUUAGCUACGUUUCAUCUGUUAGUGUUUUAAGAACUUUGUGAAAUAACAUUUAGGCAUUUCACUGACGUCUUUCUAUCUAUGGACAUGUAUAAUACUUCCUGUAAUUUUUCUUGCAGUUGAAUAGGCAUUUGCACGAAACUAAUUAUGGAUUCAUCUUAUUUAUGAUGGAACCAAAAUUGGUUUCAUUUAUUUAUGAUGAAACCAAAACUGGUUUCAUCUAAUUUUUGCUAAUCUUUGUCGUGAUAUUUAGUCGGACUGCUGCUGAAAUACCUGAAAUGCUUGAGAUGUUUGAAGCUUUGGGAGUGCCACCAGUUUUGAAUGAUGACGCAAAAGAUGUUGUGCACUGUAACUUAGUUGGAGACUUUUCUACAAAAAACGUUAUGAAUGGUUGGUGGAGCAGAUGCCAAAUACCAGUGAAGUACCCUUCUCUUGCAUAUGGAUAUAAUAUGUCCCCCCAAAGGUACACCAUCAGAUGGGUACAGGCCUACAGGGAGGAAGAAUGCUACUCAACUCUAAGAUUGGAAAUUCAGCAUACUUUAUUUAGUAACAGUUUUUAUCAAGGCGACGGCUGGCAAUCUGCUCAUGCCAUCUUCUACGGCGGCAGUGACGCCUCUGGCACUAUGGGUGGAGCUUGUGGAUAUGGAAAUCUGUACAGUCAAGGUUAUGGAGUACAAACAGCAGCAUUAAGUACAACAUUAUUCAACAAUGGGGUUAAGUUUUGUGGUUCAUGUUUUGAGAUAAAAUGUGCUAACGAUCCACAUUGGUGUUAUUCCGGCAGUCCGUCGAUUUUGAUUACGGCUACUAAUUUCUGUCCGACGAAUUUCGCACAAGCUAGUGAUAAUGGUGGUUGGUGUAACCCUCCUCGUCCACACUUUGAUCUUGCUAUGCCUAUGUUCUUGAAGAUUGCUCAGUACCGUGCCGGGAUUGUUCCUGUUGCUUAUCGCCGAUGAAACCAAAACUGGUUUCAUCAAAUUUUAGCUUUGGAGAUGAUGGUGGUGGUGGUUGUGGAGCUAUUGUGGUGGUGAUGGUGCCGAUGGAGGUGGUCGGUGGCAGCAGUGGAAGGUGUCGGCGGAACGAUGGUGCGGGUGGUGGGCGGCCGCGGUGCUGGUGGCGGCAGGUGUUGGCAGUGGGGGGUGGGGGGGGGAGCGGGGUUUGGUCGGUUGGUAGAGAUUGGCGGUGGUCGACAGCGGUGGAGUUGGCUGGUGGUGCAAUGACGGUGGUGGCGGCACGAUGGUAGUGGUGGCGCGGUUGCGAUGGCUGGUGGCGGUGGUGGUGGCGUGGUGGUGUGGUGGUCGGUGGGUGUCGGCGAUAGUGGUGUUA